AUGAGUAGAGCUAGUAAAAUUACACUAGGCUUGUCGUGCCUAGCCACUGCUGCUACCGUAGUGGGUGUCCAUUACGUGCAAGAAUUGGAAAGAGACACUUUACAUCAAGGUCCAAUCAAGGAUGCAAAACGAAUAGCCGAUAGAAAGGCUGGCGUUUUGGACCCCGAGAAACAGAGAAAAUUGAUGUUCAAUAAAUCCGAGCACGAAAUGCAGCAAGAACUUCGUAAAAAAUACGAAUCGAUGCAACCGUUGUCUGGCGAAGUAUUGACUUCUGGCGGGAAAGAAGUAAAGUAG